CUCCCUCGUUUACAACCAGGAAGUAAACAAUCACCCUCUAUGGUUGUCGAUCCCUGUUCCCACAUACGCAUGUACCCGUCAUGAAAAAAGGGAAGUUAUGGACUUUACCGUCUAUCUAUUUAUAGUAUAGGAAGUUCAAGUACUGAAACAAGGACAUGUAAAUUUUCGCAAUUUUCUUUUUACUGAAAAAAAUGUCAGCACCAGAGACCAUAACUAUUUUGAAAGCCAGUGUUCUAAAUGAACUUAGACCUGUGCUAUGCAGGGACCUGACUCCUGAAAACCACUUUCCAUACCUGAGAUCCAGGUAUAUACUGGGACAAGAUGACAUUGACCGUAUAGUUCAUCAAACCACCAAAAAGCAGAAGGCGGACAUGUUUAUUGAAAUAUUGAAUCAGAAAGGUCAAAGCGGUUUUGAUGAACUUGUGAAAUCAAUCAUCAAGGAGAGGACACAGAUCUUUUUGGCUGAGAAAAUAAACAAAGCCUUCGAGGAAAAAAUGCACAGAUUAAAUGCCAUCUUUAAUCACAACAACAGCAGCAGCCCUGUCCUGGACCCAGAGCCCUCUUUGGGCAGCUCCUAUCGGGCGUCUCAGAGCCCAGUGGAGCACUGCAACAGCCCAGAGCCCGAGAAAGCCUGCUACUCCCCUUUCCUGAGUCUUGAGUCCCUUCGGAGCUCAUACUCAGAUCUUGGGGUGGAUACCGACAAACUUCCUAAACCAGUCAUGCCGGACAAGGUUGACAUUUCUGAAGGAGAAAAGAAGAAGGAGGUGGAUGAUGGUUGUGAUUUUGAUAAAGAUAGUUACUCUGACAGUCUGAAGUCGGUAGAGAUUGUGAUUGAGAACUCGAAAGAAUCCAAGGCUUGAUGAAGCCAGGGUGUACACAAAUCACUUGCAUCUGCCUGUUAUUGAGGACUCGAAAGAAUCCAAGGCUUGAUGAAGCCAGGGUGUGCACAAAUCACUUGUAUCUGCCUGAAUGUUCCCAUCUUGAAGAUUAAGGAGUUUUGCUUAUCUGAACCGGGUUUUGGGAAAUUGGGUAUAAUAAAUGUACAUAAAAGUGUUGUCCUUUGCCCGUGUUAUCUCUACAGGCUAAUCAGAGACGACACUUUCCACAUUUAUGGAAUUUUUUGUAUAUAAACAAAGUCUCUUCUAAAUGAAAAUCCAAUCUAGGUGGAAAGUGUUGUCCCAGAUUAGCCUGUGCAGUAUGCACAAGCCUGUUCAGUAUGCACAUUCAUUAAGCCCUGAUUUCCCAGAACGAAGCACAUUUAAAGAAAGUUUUUAGGCUCGCAUAGUGGGAGGCAUUCAAAAUUACAACUGUCGGUCUGUCUGCCCCAUUCAUAAUAAUUGGUUUCAAAAUUGUGUGUUUUUGUAUUUGUCUGCUGGGAAGAUUUUGCAUUUACUCUCUAAGCUGAACUACUGUCAUUUGUAGGUAGGAGAUUACGAAAGUAGGAAUUUUGGAUGCAAUUAAUUUUUGGCAGAAUUAUGGCCCUUGGACAUGUUUGAACUUCAAUAAUGAUGUCCCCUAUGAAAUUGUGUUUUGGCUGGGCAUAAUUUGUUUACAGUAGAAUGACUUUUAUGUCAAGGUGAUCCCAAUAAAAGAAAUUUGGCUGCAACUAAAUUUGUUGAAUUUAUUUCGACUAUAAACACUUCAAAAAGUGUUUCAAUCUUUGGUGCAUGACUGCUCUGUUAUGGUUUGUGCAUUUUGUUUAAACUCUUUAGCCUAGGUUUAGGUUGCAAUCAUUUUUUGAGGAUUUCAACAUUUUUUCACGUUAAAUAUAUAAAUGAAAACUGUAAUGAUUAGGUGAUAAUCAAAAUGUAUGAAAAUUAAUCUUGAUUUACUUUUUUUUUUGAAAGUAAAUGAUAAUAAAAAAGUGUGUGUCUUAUUUUGGAUGACACAACGUUUUCUUUGUAAAAAUAUGUGUGAAGGGGCAUAUCUGUCUAUUACAUAUCUUAGUAUUGUAAUAAAAUGGUUCUCUGCAUAGCUAAAGAACUUUGUUGUUUUUUGCAACCGUGAGCUUUUUUCUGUUGAAAGGGAUGACCAUUAUUACUGAUUAGCAAAAAUAUUUUCUUUAAUAUAAAGCUUUUUUGCCGGUUUGCCUUAGAUUUUUUUAAGAAUGUUCUAUUUUUAGAUAUGUGUAUACAAUUUUAUGCUUUCUACACACUUUUGUUAAAAAUAAAUGCUGAUAUUUUUUUAUCAGUUUCAUUCCAUUUCUGUGUAACUAAACUGUUACAAAUGCUUUGCCUGAGCUAUUUGAAUUUUAUACUAUGUGCAUUUUAUAGUUGUUUUUUAAGUUUUUUAUAUUUUUUAUUUAAUUGCAGUUAAUAUUCGCUUUAUGCUAUUUUCAUGUAACUGAACUUCUUUGCCUCAGGUGAGGUGAGUAAUUAUCAAAAAGUAUUUUGCUUAAUAGUUAAGCUGAUUCUUUGUAAAUACAGUCAUGCAAAUGAAUAGAGCAUCAAAGUUGAAAAGGUUGUAUUUUAUUUUUUAUAAGAUUUUUCAAUGUUUAAUUGUUAUUACACAUUUUAUAACUUAUAAUGUAUAAUUUGUAAAUAUCCUAGCAAACAUGUCGAGUCCAAAAUAUCGCACAUUGAAAUGUUCAACUGAUGUAUUGUUUUAUAUUUUUUCUUGUCAACUGCUGUGUUAGUUGCUUUUAGUUUUAACAAUAAAGUGGUAUCGGGUUUUACAUUAUUUUGGAUUUUUUUAAUUGUUGUGUAAUACCCCCGUCACACCGGACUGGUGUCCUUACUGCGUCAUUACGGCGACCCAAGUCGCAGUGAGGACGACAAAGACGCCGGAGGGACGCAAGAGGACGCAGUGAGGACGCCGUAAAUUGCUCAGGACGCGAGCCCACGGCGACCACUUUGAACAUGUUCAAAGUAGUUGCCAAAGUCCGGCGUUUUACGGCGUUUUAAUAAGGACGUCGUAGAGACGCAGUAGUCGUAGUAGGGACGUGGUAGGGUCGCUGUAAGGUCGCCAUGGACGUCGUGUGGUAGCCGCUUAAACCCAAAGAAUAUGAUAAUUGACUGCAAGGCGACCGUACGGCGACAUUAUUGCGACAUUAUUACGUCCUUUGUACGUCAAUUGCGUCCUCAGAACGACUAUGGUCGCAUUAAGAACGCCAAGGACGCCGCUCAGACACCGCAUGGUCGGCUUUGAUCGCCGUAAGGACGCAGUACGAACGCGAUAAGUUCGCCAUAAACGUAUUAAGGACGCCACGAGGACGCGCAGAACGCCAUACACCAGGACGCUGGUGUGACGGGAAGGCGAAAAUCAGCGUUUUCACCGAAAAAAGUCAUUGGCGUCCUUACUACGACAAUCAGAAAUUUCCAGAAACACAGUCUUAGGUCUCCAUAAGGACUCCAGUCCGGUGUGACGGGGCUAUAAAGGUGUAUGAAUAUAAAUGUAUGUUAAAGGGGCGUAUGCAAGGUAUUUCCCAUGGCUGAGUUUCAAAAGGCAUGUUCUAUUUUGUAUGUUUGGACACCGCUUUGUAUGUACACGAAAUAAAAUUGGUUUAGAUUA